AUGGUGGGUCUGUCAGAUAGUCCUGAAAUAACGCUUGAGGAAUUGACGGAAAAAGGAAUUGACGGAAAAGGCAUUGGCAUUGGUGCCAUUCCUGAAGGCUUGCCGGAAGGCUUGCUGGAAGGAUUGGCGGUAGCAGUUCCUGGCAGUCCGCGUCAAAGCAUACGCGCAACAGGGAAAGUCACUAAGGUGUAUAGUGAUGCCUUAUUCUUUGUCGACAACUUCCCCGGCUAUUUGAGGACAUAUGGUAUCGCCGCACGUAUUUUUGAUCAGACAACAGAGAUUCAAGAAAGCAAUAGCGAUAUGCGCAGGGUUCUGAAUAACGGUGAAGGAGGGUUCCGCAAGUUCCGAUAUAAUCCGCUGACAGACACAAUAUUCUACAUCUCCAAUGAAGCUCACCAUAUGCUUGAAAAGCGUACGGACAUGAUGCUCACCGUGAUCCUAAACGAGCUCUCUUUUGGUGAUAUCCUUCGGUGCAUGACUGUAUCCAAGGCGUUUCGCCGAUGCAAUAUUGAUUGUCCUACCAUGGUCACGCUACAAAACUAA